AUGGUAUUCUACGACGGCGUCAAGUUUGCAUGUCUUUCUUGUAUCAGGGGACACAGGUCAUCCAACUGCAAUCAUGUGGAACGACCAUUACUCGAAGUUCGAAAAAAAGGACGACCUGUAAGCCAAUGUGCCUAUUGCAGAGAUUUACGCAAGACCAGACAAAUCCAUGCUAAAUGUGCGUGCAGCAACAAAAACAAAGGCAAUUCCCAUUUGCUCACAACGACCACCCACAACAACAACAACAACAACACUGAUGAAUACCAUCAACUCGCUCAUGCACCUUCUUCUAUGCCUGCUGCAGCUGCUGCGGACAAGUGUACUUGUACGGAAAAGGCUAAAGUAGUCCAUCUACCCCAAGAGCAGCAGGAAUGUUGUGCAGCCACAAUCACAAAGAAACGACCCUCCCCCGUUGCUUCGGAUGUGGAUGAUGAUGAACAUUAUCAUAAAAGACGACAACGACCCAAGGCAAAAGAAUACGCCCAUGUCAAUCAUCCAUCAUCAUCAUCCCCACCUCCUCCUUCUUGUGCACAACAACAACAACAGCAGCAGCAGCAGCAGCAACAACAACUUUCACUUGCUAUUACGGAUUGCAACGUUGCACUUGAUGAGUUGAGUCUUGAUCCUACAUCAUUUGCAUUAUCACUUUUACUCUUACAGCAGCAGCAACAACAACAAGAGGUCUAUGGUUUUGCGGUGCCACCAUCAUUAUCCUCAUCCACAACAGCUGCAGCUGCAACAACAGCAUUGGUGGAUUGCUGUGACAGUUUACUGCAACAGCAACAACAACAGCCGUCUCCUUCCGAGUUUGCAGUGCCAACUUGUUCGUCGUCGUCUUGCAGCAACAAUACCAGCAAUAACAGCUCAUCUCCUCCACCACCAUUUUAUCCACAACAACAACAGCAAUCACUUUGUGGUAGUCUUAUGCCACAACAUACAUGUGCCCCAGCAGCUUCUGGUACUGCAGCACGUACGCAGGGGGAAUCUGUCAUGCUAACCAUCACACCCUUGUCAACAACAUCAUCGGCAAGUACCCGAUCGCGUAUUGUGACAUGUUACUGCGGUGAUACAUGCACAUGUCCUGGUUGUUUUGUUCAUCCACGCCAAGAAUGGUUUGCAGCACAAGCGCUCCCUUCUUCAACCGCCUCUUCAUGCUAUAAUGGCUCCUCCGAUGAUGAAUAA